CAUUAGUUACACAUACUGCCUGGGUAGAGGGUGCAUGUAACAGGUAGAAAAGAGAGCAGUGAAAGCAUAAGGUGAGCAGUCUCUUAUUUUGCAGCUGUACAAUAAAAAAGACUUUUGUUGGAGAGAUCCCAUGUCUCCAUGUAAGCUGCAGCCAGGGUCUCCUGUCCUCUUUCCCCCUGCUAAAAGGCUGCACAGAAGCUGGCUGCUGCUGGGCACAGAAUCAUACAGUCACAGCGUGUCCUGAGUUGGAGAGGACCUACACAGAUGACUGAGUCCAACUCCUGACUACACAGAACCACAUAAAAAUCAAGCCCGCAGUCUGAGAGUGUGUCCAAAUGCUCUUUGAACUCUGGCAGCUUGGGGCCAUGCCCAGUGCCCUGGGCAGCUCAUUCCAUGCCCACCGCCCUGUGGCGCAGACCCUUUCCCUAACAGCAGCUGCCCCUCCCCUCACACAGCUCCAUGCCGUUCCCUCGAGCCCUGCCGCUGUCACAGAGCAGAACUCAGCGCUGCCCUCUGUUCCCUGAGGAGCUGCAGCCGCCAUCAGGCCUCCCCUCAGCUCCUCUGCUCUGCGCUGGGCAAACCAAGGCACUUCAGAUGGCCAUUUCAAACAUCCGAUAUGGAGAAGGAGUCACUAAAGAGAUUGGCAUGGACCUGCAGAAUCUGGGGGCUAAAAGAGUUUGUUUGAUGACAGAUAGAAACCUCUCCCAACUCCCUCCUGUAGAUGCAGUGUUGAAUUCCUUGACAACAUCUGGUAUAAACUUUCAGAUGUAUGAUAACGUCCGGGUGGAGCCAACAGACCAGAGUUUCCUGGAUGCCAUCGAAUUUGCUAAAAAGGGGGAAUUUGAUGCCUAUGUUGCCGUUGGAGGUGGGUCUGUGAUAGAUACCUGUAAGGCUGCCAACCUGUAUGCCUCCAGCCCUACGUCAGACUUCUUGGAUUAUGUCAACGCUCCUAUAGGGAAGGGAAAGGCUGUCACUGUGCCCCUUAAGCCACUCAUUGCAGUGCCGACAACAGCUGGAACUGGAAGUGAAACCACUGGUGUUGCCAUUUUUGACUUCAAAGAGCUUAAAGUAAAAACUGGUAUUGCUUCAAGAGCCAUCAAGCCAACACUGGGCAUCAUUGAUCCUUUGCACACAUUGUCUAUGCCUGAGCGAAUAGUGGCCAACAGUGGCUUUGAUGUGCUUUGCCAUGCUCUUGAAUCAUACACCGCUCUUCCGUACAAGAUGCGCAGUCCCUGCCCUUCAAAUCCAAUCAACAGACCAGCUUACCAAGGCAGCAACCCCAUCAGUGAUGUCUGGGCUCUUCAUGCUCUACGCAUUGUAGCUAAAUAUUUGAAAAGAGCCAUCAGAAACCCUGAAGAUCGUGAAGCAAGAGCCAACAUGCACCUUGCAAGUGCUUUUGCUGGUAUUGGCUUUGGCAACGCUGGUGUUCAUCUCUGCCAUGGAAUGUCUUACCCUAUUUCUGGUUUGGUGAAAACUUACAAACCAAAGGAUUAUAAUGUGGAUCACUCUUUAGUGCCACAUGGCCUUUCUGUGGUGCUGACAUCCCCAGCAGUGUUUGCUUUCACAGCACAGGUAAAUCCUGAGCGGCACUUGGAAGCUGCAGAGAUAUUAGGAGCUGACAUCCGCACUGCCAGAAUCAAAGAUGCAGGGUUGAUUUUGGCAGACACGCUCCGGAAAUUCCUGUUUGAUCUGAAUGUUGAUGAUGGCUUAGCUGCAAUCGGUUAUUCCAAAGCAGACAUCCCUGCAUUAGUCAAAGGCACUCUGCCUCAGGAGAGAGUGACUAAACUGUCACCACGUCCCCAAACGGAAGAAGACUUAUCUGCCCUCUUUGAGGCCUCCAUGAAGCUUUAUUAGCUUAAAUACUACACUCAGAUGUGUGCUCUUUUCUAACACGAAGGUAAUUUCUUACAGAUAGGGAGAUUUUAUUUUUUUUUAGAGAAUGGAAGAACUUGGGUGUCUUCCACUUCUGUUCCUUUGUGCACUGCCAAAAAAUCAAGGAAUUCAUCUUUAACUAAACCACACUUAGAAAUGAAGGCUUGGUUGUGUUUUUCCUUGCUCAGUAGGCUGUGGUAUUACUUGCAUAAAGGUUGAAUCAGACAUCUAGCUUUACUGAAAACUUUCUGGUGCUUCAGAGGUGGUUAAAGGUGAAAAUUGUUCUUAAAGGGUAUUCCAAAACAUUUAAUAAAAUGCUGUUUUUAUUUCAAUUGUCUGUAAUUUUACUAGGAAGCCAUGCUACUUAAGAAAUAGGUGGGAUCACUUUAAUUAAGGAGGAUCAGUUCCCUUGCAGAAAAUGUCAACUUGCUGUAUUCUGGACCACUUUAUCAUCUUUUUACCAUCUUGCUUCACCAGGAAGACUUUUGAAGGGGCUACUUUGCUGUUGAUAAAGAAAAACAUACAUACUUAUUAUACAUUUGGAAGAGGCUUCCAGAGAUUUUGCUUUGGGUUAAAGUUUUGAAAAUUAUUUUCAGUUAUUUGUCUUUUCUUUAAAGAUGUAUCUAAGGUAUGCAGAGAAGGAGCAAAUACAGAAUAAAGCAAGGUUGCACACUCAGCGGGAACCACGUAACAGCAAGACAUCAUCCAUCACAGUCAUUUUGUCUGUGUUCUCCUUUCCUGCUGCGUUCUGUGGGAAGAAGCUACCAACCGUAUCUUGCUUCUGUAGGAAAGAAUUGCUUCUGCUGAACUUCUGCAGAUGCUGCCAUUCAGAGCACAGCCACCAGCUUGAGGAAGUGGCACUGUGCUGUGGUUCACUGUUAACAAGUGGUGGUGUAGCAUGUGGCUGUGAGUGCCCCGCUGGGAGUGCUGGUUAGAUGUGGGAAUGAGUGUGCGUGUUCAGAGCAGUUAACCAGCUGGUUGGUUGUCAACUGAGAAAGGGAAGUGGGAAAGGAAGAAACAAAACUAAAAUUUUAAUAUUAUAUAUAUAUAUAUAUAUUUUUUUUUUUUUAAGUGUACAUGGUUGUGUGUGCAGUUCAUUUAAAUCAGGUUCUGCUUUAUGUUGGACCGUUUCAGCAUCAGAUACAUGCAGUGAGCGCAGCACAAGACAAAUGCAAGAACCCCAUAACCACUGGUGUUCUCAUUUCUGUCUGCUAGGAAGGCAGCAGUUCUUCAGUCUGUCUGUUGAAGCUGAAGGCUCUGUACAUACACCUUUUGUGCUUUUGUGUUGAUCUGCUGAUCUUAACACUAACCUGGGAUCUGAAGACAAGUAGAUCCUGGAUGUUGGCAUCAGGUCUGUUUCACUGUUCAGUUGAAGCAGGUGGGUGGCUGCUGAUCCAAGACCACAGAUAUUCACAACAAUAAAAGGGAUUUAGUGGGCAUAGAGAUUGCACUGCCAAAAUGCCUCAGCCUGUUCUGGAAAGCAUAUGUAUUUUCCAUGUCCUCCUGAAUCUUGUCCUCUGAAAUUGUCCAGAGGAAUCUAUCACAAAGGCUGCCUUCAUAAUAAGUGGCAAGGGAUUCAUUUUAUUGUAUUCUGUAAAGCUGCUAUAUUUGUACUAUUCUGUACUGAGAGAAUCUGGUCUUUGUCUUUGAACAUGUCUGUAUUGUGCACAUGAACAUGUCAUUUCUGUAGGGGUGGAUGGUGAAAUUGUAACUGUAAGUGCCCAGUGAUGGCUGGGCAUUUGUGUGACACCUGAGGGACCGAUUCUACGAGGGACUUCUGUUAUGUUGUCGAAGGCCUACAGGAUACAUCUAUUUUUGCCUUGAGAUGAUACUGGAAUGCAAGUAAUGAACACUGUUGUGCUUGCUAUAAACAUGAGAUUAUUUGGAAACA